GACGCUUCACAGAGAACUACAUUUCCCGGUGUGCUUUGCGCCGAGUCCCGGAAGACGUAUAGCAAGAGGUCGCGGACAUGGCGGCACGCAUGGGAUGUCUUCUCAGACAGCGGCUAUGGAAGGAGACACUGACCGUCAGGAGAUCAUUGAGAGUAGGAGCUCCAUGUGCCUCUGCAGCCGGUCCCCCUCAUUUCACAGACCCAGAAGUACAGAGUUUGUUGAAAAAAAUGACUGGUCUGAAUUUGGAAAAAGUCUUCCAGCCAGUGAAACAGCAACUCAAGCCACCCACAUACAAGCUGUUAACUGAAGAACAAUAUCAACAGACUGUACAGAAGGUGUCUUUGACUGCCGAAAAAUGCCUUGAGAUGCCACCGGUGCUGAGUGAGAGGAAGCCCAUUGAGAGCGUUUUGUCAGAAGAUAAAAUUCUGUGUGAUGUUGAGACGGCUAAAUAUGUUUUCACAGAUAUUACAUACAGCACCCCUCACCGUGAACGAUUUAUAGUUGUAAGGGAGCCAAAUGGUGUCCUUCGAAAGGCCACAUGGGAGGAGAGAGAUCGAAUGAUCCAGGUUUACUUCCCUCGUGAAGGCCGCAAGCUUGCAACUCCCCUUGUCUUUCAACCAGAAAAUAUGCAGGUAUUGUUCAAAGAGGAUCGACACGAGGAACUUCUGAACCGAUGCCUGGUUCAAUUUGAUCCCGAUUCUGCCGAGUAUAUCAGAGUGCAUCACCAGACAUAUGAGGAUGUUGACCUGCAUGGCAAAUAUGAUUUAUUGCGCUCCACCAGACAUUGUGGGGGCAUGGCUUGGUAUCUGUGCUGUCGAAAGAAAAUAGAUGGGUUUCUCAUAGACAUGAUCCAAAGAGACCUGUUGGAUGAUGCCGUUAGUUUAGUGCGACUGUAUCAUAUGCUGCAUCCAGACUCUGUAUGUGCAAGAGAGUCCCAGGGAGCUGACGGGGUGGAGCUGAUUAAGAUCUAUGUGAAGAUGGAGGCUCAGAAACCCGGAUACAUAGAACUGGCUCUGCAAGCGUAUCAGGAAUCUCUGAGCGGCGCAGCUUCAUCUUGAUAAUGAAAUAGUCCACUCACAUUGAUUUCCAUGAAAAUCUUUGUCAUGACCAAAGGCCCAAAUUCUUCCAACUGUGGAAUCCUUCCAGAGGAAAAGGCAAUGUCAGAUUGAACGCGGGGCAGAAGCUGCUGGACAAGGAUUUGUAUAUUAUAUAAACAUUAUCAGAGCUCAUCUUGUGCAUCUAUUUAAUUCUGUUUCUUAAUAAAGAUGCUUAUUAAGUCGAA